GGUGCCUUGCUGCUCCACACCGCGUGACAAGCGGCCACAGUGGUGGCGAGGAGCCCGCAGGACACGCGCGGAACCCCCGCUGUCCAAAAAACUCACGAGCACGCGCACUUUUGCGGGAUAUUCUUCUUGUUAUGCUUUGGAGCAAGUCAGGUGCGCGCGCCUGAUCGGGGCCAAACAAGUGUGGAUUGCGGAUAUAGAACCGAGCCGGUACCGGGACUUUUUUUUUUGACAGCCCACGGGGGGCAGGAGGAUCCGAGACGGGCUUCCGUGUGGAGCCGAGCCGAAGCAGUCCUACGAAGGCGGAGGUCGGCCGUCGGCUCUCCGCGGGCCGCAGGCAGACAUGAUGGUCCACUGCGCCGGCUGCGAGCGGCCCAUCCUGGACCGCUUCCUGCUCAACGUGCUCGACCGGGCCUGGCACGCCAAGUGCGUGCAGUGCUGCGAGUGCGGAUGCAAGCUCACGGACAAGUGCUUCUCGCGGGACGGAAAGCUCUACUGCAAGGUGGACUUCUUCCGGCGGUUCGGUACCAAGUGCGCCGGGUGCCUGCAGGGCAUCUCGCCCAGCGACCUGGUGCGCAAGGCGCGCAGCAAGGUCUUCCACCUCAACUGCUUCACGUGCAUGGUGUGCCACAAGCAGCUGUCCACCGGCGAGGAGCUCUACGUCAUCGACGAGAACAAAUUCGUCUGCAAAGACGACUACCUGAGCUCGGCCACUAUCAAAGAGGUCAGCCUCAACUCGGUGUCGUCAUGCACGGACCGCAGCCUCUCGCCGGACCUCCAGGACGGCGGCCUGCACGACGAGCUGAAGGAGACGGACAACUGCACGUCCUCGGAUAAGGAGACCAACAACAUCGAGAACGAGGAGCAGAACUCGGGCGCCAAGCGGAGGGGCCCCCGGACCACCAUCAAGGCCAAGCAGUUGGAGACCCUCAAGGCCGCCUUCGUCGCCACGCCCAAACCGACGCGACACAUCCGGGAGCAGCUGGCGCAAGAGACCGGCCUCAAUAUGAGGGUCAUCCAGGUUUGGUUCCAGAACCGAAGAUCCAAAGAGCGACGGAUGAAGCAACUGAGCGCUUUGGGGGCCCGCAGACACGCCUUCUUCCGGGGACCCCGGAGGAUGAGAACCUUGGGGGGCCGGCUGGAGGACCCCGACAUCCUGGGACCUGCUGCCUACGGCUACUACGGAGAGUACCAAGGGGACUACUACGGACCAGGAAGCAACUACGACUUCUUCCCGCACGGGCCCCCAUCCUCGCAGGCCCAGUCCCCGGCCGAGUCCCCCUACAUCCUGGGCUCGGGUCCCGGCGCCAUGGAGGCCUCGGGCCACCUCGCCACAGACGACCAAAGGUUCACGGACAUGAUCUCCCACGCCGAGACGCCCAGUCCGGAGCCGGGUUCGCUGCAGCCCGUGCCGGGGGAGGCCUAUGGGGGCGGGCCCAGCCCUCCAUUCUCCUUGGCCAGUAACUCCAGCUACAGCGCCCCCAUGUCCCACCAAGGCCCCGAGAUGGGCGAGGCCGCGGCCUGGUGAAGUCGGACUUUUCGCGAGCCGCUUUUUCAAGAAGCGUAGAGACGCGAGCUUUCUUGGAAUACUGGAUUUGAAUUAUUUAAAACAAACGGAUUUGAUUGAUUUCCUGCGUCCAUCUUACCACAAAAUCACAAUAGACACUAAAACGCCAAAGGGACUUUUUAUUCACCUUCAAAUGUCACUUUCUCAUAAAUACCAACCAAUUUUUCAAAAUCUAUAUUAACUCAUUGGCUGCCAUUGACGGCGAUAUACAUCCGAUCCGUUUCAACCGGGUGGGCUGUCAGUGAGCAUGAACUGUUUCAUCAUCGAUGACGGCAAUAGAUGUCCAACCUGUUUAAACCAAAUGACUUAGACGUCUAUUGCCUUCAAUGGUUGUGAACGAGUAGACGAUUUUAAGUAAUGAGUUGUCGAUUCAUUGAUACAUAGUUCGCCCUAAUUCACUCCUGAAUGUGCCCAGAUUGGAAGUUUAUCGCUGUCAAAUGCUGAUUUUGACUAUUAGGGGUAAAUCAUCUAUUUUAUGAGGAAGAUUAUUAAGACACUCAUGCAACAUUUUCCCAUCAUUCCAAAGUCCGCUGCGGUUCGAUUAGAUUCAAGGGCAUUCGAUCCAUUUAAUACAAUAUCACGUACACAAAAUCGCUUCCUUUUUACCUAAAGCAAUAGAAAAAAAAAUACCGUAUUUUCCGCACUAUAUGGCGCACCUUCAAUGAAUGGCCUAUUUAAAAACUGUUUUCAUAUAUAGGGUGCACCGCAUUAUAAGGCGCAGUAGUGGCAGUUGUUGUGAUUGCAUUAUGGAUCCAAUUGAUGGAGCUGCGCUAAAGGGAAGUCAUGCCAUGAUUGACGAAUACUGAUCCAUACAUAAGGUGCUUUGGAUUAUAAGGCGCACUAUCGGCUUUUCAGAAAAUUGAAAGCUUUUAGAUGCGCCUUAUAGUGCGGAAAAUACGGUACACAGCAAUUUGACUGUUUUUUGACAGUUUUUUUGCUCAAAAUUUUGAAUGAAAACUAUUCUUUUAAACUAAACCGAAUAUCUAGAAGACAUCUGUUCAACAAAUCGCCAAUUAUUCUUGCGAGAAAUUGACUAAUUGCUUUAUUUAUAAAUCAUUAUUUGCCGUUGUAUGGUUUUUAAUUUUAGCUGCAAAACAACAAUUUUGACACCAAGAAAAGUUGAAUGUAACUGUGUCUUAGUUUGCAAAUAUUUGGUAUCUUUAGUCUGCUCUCAUGAAGGAGCAUUAGAAUACAUUUGCUGUUAAGAGGGUCAAAAAUGAGGAUUUAUGCCACAGGUGUCAAACUCAAGGCUGGGGGGCCAGAACCGGUCCGCCACGUCAUUUUGUGUGGCCCGCGAAUUAUAACUCAUGCGCAUCAAUUUACAAUUUUUGAAUAAAAUUUCUGUAUUCCACCAUCAAAUUAAAAAUUUACAGGUUUUGUUUCUCAAAAAAUACAACAUUG